UUCACACGGACUCAUAAGGUUUACCGAGUACCGAUAAAUUUAAAGAUGUCUAUAAAAUCCAUAGGCCGGAGUCAAGGGAGUUCUCGUCGAUCUUUCUCCUUCUUUCACCCCUACCUCCAUCAUGUCUGACGAUUUCAAGCGCGUUAUCCUCGUUACUGGUGCCAACACCGGGAUCGGGUAUGAAGCCACAAAAGGUUUAGCAGAAAAGGGCCACACUGUCUAUCUCGCUGCGAGGAAGGAGGCUGCUGGAAAGGAAGCUCAGGGAAAACUCAAAAAAGAACACAACUUGGACGUCAAAUUUGUCCUGCUCGAUGUAGGAGAUCUCAAGACCAUCGAGGCUGCGAGGGAUGUCAUCGAAAAAGCCGAGGGAAGACUUGAUGUUUUGGUCAAUAACGCAGGAAUUAGCGCCAUGGGAGAACCCCAAACCGCCUCUGAAAUGGACAUAUCCGUCAUCCGCUCCGUCUUUGAAACCAACGUCUUCGGUCUCAUCCAAACCACCACCGCUUUCAUCCCUCUGUUGCGCAAAGCCAAACCAGGAUACGGAACGAUCGUACAAACGUCCAUGAAUUGGGCUUCUUGUACUAAUCAGUCAGGUCCGAACGGUGAUACGACGUUUGCGGCUUAUUGUACGUCCAAAACGGCGGUGAACAUGUAUUCGAUCGCGUUGGCGAGGGAUCUUAAGAAGGAUAGGAUUAGAGUGAACUGCGUUUGUCCUGGGUUCGUGACGACGAAGUUGAAUCAUCAUGCACCUGGUGGAAAGACACCUGCACAAGGUGCGAAGGCGUUGAUUGAUUGGAGUCUUUUGGGACCGGAAGAUGAUGAGAAGACUGGUGGAUUCUACAAUGAAGAGGGCUCGCUCCCCUGGUAACAGUUGGUUCUGAAGACCAUACGGCGAAAUCGGUCUGAGUGCUGGCACCAGUACGAUGGGAGUCGAACAUCAAACGAUCAAGGAACAGUCUCAGAACAAACGGAUACGGACUGUGUAUACUUACCGUAUCCUUCUAUAAAAUCUCAACUAUAGAUGCUUGUCUGACAUGACCUAUCUCUUGAUUUACGAAGAC